ACAGGCAUAUCAUUCGCAUCAAUAGUUUUCGUGACUGUAAUGAGGUUGUUUUCUGAUUUGGCCUGGCAACCAAAAGGUCUCCCCUUCGACUGUGAAAAAUCCUUGUUUAUCGUGCUCAUGAUUUACAAUAUAUGGCGGACUAAAAAGUCUAUAGGAGUCGGAACAAAUCUCACUACAAGAUAUCAACUCGCUGAAAAUAUUCGUGCACUGAAAAUCUUGCUCCCGGUCCUUAUGUUUGUGAUUGCUGCACAGACGGAUUGCUCACAAAGCGUCUUUGGCAUAUUUUAUGUCAUUUUUAAAUUUGUAAGUUUACUAUUAUCAGAAAGUUCCAUUGAAAUCACACACAGCUUACUAGCAAAUCAAUAUUAG